AGGUUCACACGAACUUCCCCUUAUUGCCCCGAAGGGUCAUAAAGAGAUCUGUCACAGAGGGAGCCAGUGGGGGGCAACUUUUUCCAGUUUUGGGAACUUCAAAAAAGAGAACGCAUCUCUAUUGAAGAUGCUGAAACUUUGAACCUUUUUCCCCCUCUUCUUUUUUUCUCUCCCCCAAAGACUGCCAACGUUUUUCUUUUGAGCAGCAGACUUUGAGAAUCAUUUUGUCUUUUUUGGAGGGAGUCAGGUCGGUGUGUGCGAUGGCGGGAUGCUGCGUGUCCGCGGAGGACAGGGAGACCAAGAGGAUCAACGACGCCAUCGAGGAGCAGCUGCGCAGAGACAAGAAGGACUCCCGCAGGGAGCUGAAGCUGCUGCUGUUGGGCACUGGUGAGAGUGGAAAGAGCACCUUCAUCAAACAGAUGAGGAUCAUCCAUGGAGGGGGAUACUCGGAUGAGGACAAGAAGAGCUACGCUAAACUAGUCUACCAGAACAUCUACACCUCAAUGCAGGCCAUGAUCCGAGCCAUGGGGGCGCUGAAUAUAUCAUUCGCUGAUCCACAGAACCAGAACCAUGCAAACGCAGUUCUGGAGGUGGAAGUGGACAAAGUGGAGGAAUUUAAUCAGGACCUGGUGGCGGGAAUCCGAAGUCUGUGGAAUGAUGGUGGAAUUCAGGAAUGCUACGACAGGCGUAGAGAGUACCAGCUGUCUGACUCCACCAAAUACUAUCUCUCAGAUCUGGACCGGAUCUCAAAGCCGUCGUACUUACCCGAUCUUCAGGACAUCCUCAGAGUUCGAGUGCCAACCACAGGGAUCAUCGAGUACCCCUUUGACAUGGAGAACGUCAUUUUCAGGAUGGUGGAUGUGGGAGGUCAGAGGUCAGAAAGAAGGAAGUGGAUUCACUGCUUUGAGAACGUCACCUCCAUCAUCUUUCUGGUGGCUCUCAGCGAGUACGACCAGGUUCUAGCAGAGUGUGACAAUGAGAACCGAAUGGAGGAGAGCAAAGCUCUCUUCAAAACGAUCAUCACAUACCCCUGGUUUGAGAAGUCCUCUGUUAUACUUUUCCUUAACAAGACCGACAUCCUCAAAGAGAAGAUCAUGCAUUCUCACCUUUCUACAUACUUUCCUGGAUUUACAGGACCCAAGCAGGAUCCAUCAGCAGCUCAAGAUUUCAUCCUCAAAAUGUACCAAGAACAAAACCCCAGCAAGAAGCUGUACCCUCACUUCACCUGCGCCACCGACACUGAAAACAUCCGCUUCGUCUUUGUGGCAGUCAAAGACACCAUCCUCACAGCCAACCUCAAGGACUUCAACCUGGUGUAAAAGACGGCGGCAAGACCAACACAUCCUACAGAAUUCCUAGACUUGACCUAAUGCCACAAACUGUGCAGGUCCAAAUAUGAAUUCAUGACAAAGCAGAUGCAGCAAUUCAAAAUACAGAAAGAACCCGUGUGUGGAGUUAAUGUAAACGUGAUAUUCAUCUUUAGAAAUGUGUGCUGUGAUACUUCAGAGAAGUAGAAAGUAUGUGACAUGUGUAAAUUACUUUAAAAAAUACAGUUGGUUGAGGUAACAUUUGACCGAAAUAACGUUUCCUUUUAGGCCUCAUUAGUUUGUUUUUGUGUUCAAUAAAAUCCAAACUUUCCCCUCAUGUACAUGUACAUACUCUAGUAUUCUCAGUAGUGUUUAUUUUAUGCACAAAUUCUAUUAUUUCUGGUACUAUUCAAUAAACAAAGCUAGUGAACUAA